AUAAAACAACACUUUGCACAGGCGACAAGAAAGAGUUGGCAGUUGUGAGCAGCUUUGCGUCCUGCCGAAAAUGAAGCUCUUCGUCGCGCUCUUGGCUGUCGGGCUGCCUGCCCUGGCCGCCGCCCACUCCUGGAUCGUCUGUACGGACUACCUGGAGAACAACGGCUGGUACUGGAACGAAGCCAAGUGUCGGGCCUGGCCAAGAAAUGCCGGACAGUACAACCUCCGGUACCGCCAGUUCGGGACCGGCGGGUCGUUCGUCCACCGUCUGGACAACCACCCGGAGGAACUGCCGCUCUGUAACGACCCCAGAGACGACGCCAACAGCUACAACGACGUCCACCCCAUGGCGGCGUACUACCUGGGGCAGACGGUCGUCCUCACACACCCAACUAACAACCACGUUUCUGAUUCCUCGUGUAGAAGGAACCACUGGCAGGGAGACACAGAGAACCUGAUGUUUGUAGUGGACGGAGACGAGGACCCCUGCUGUAUCGACUCGGACAAGCUCAUCCAAAUUUUCGACAUGGGAGUGUCUCCUUAUGGUGACGAGUAUAGCGAUGAAGUUCUCAGGACAUAUCCAAAGGUCGGCUUCCAGAACGCGCCCAAGUUCUGUGAGGAUCCUGAAGACGCCAUGGGGACCUACAACUUCACCAUUCCUAUGGAUCUAAAGCCUGGUCGCCACACGUUCGUCUGGAAGUGGAUCCGUAUUCCUUCCGUCAACCCCUUCACCACGUGUUGGGAGGCUGACGUGUUCGCCACUAAAGCGGAGAGGGACGCGUACUACAUAGCCACGGGCCGGACCACCGAGGACAUGUGGGACUUCUAUCAAGUCAACAACAUCGUGGACGGAGUGAUCGUGGAUCCUGCCGUGGAUCCGAUCAUCUCUGGCUGAUGGUCUCAAACUGACAACCGAUUGUCUCAAACUAACAAUAUGAGAAGUUUGAGUAAAGAAAAUCCCACAGAACUUA